AUGGCGCUCGGAGUCGUCGAAGUACCCCGCUCGGUCGCCCGGUUGGCUCCAAGCCCUAAGCCCACGGUCUACGCCCUCGACAGCUUCCCUACUCGGUCUAUCGAACAUGCGAAAAAUCUAUUCAACCUCAUUCAACCUCAUGAUGAAGAGUUUAAGAACUGGCGCCAAAAUGCUCGAGCCCUCUUGAUCCGAGGCUCCUACAUCACGGCCGAUGACAUCGCCAGCUGCCCAAACCUCGUCGCCAUCGGCAAACACGGUGUUGGUAUCGACAAGAUUGACCAAGAUGCAUGUAAGAGGAGAGGUAUCAAGAUUCUCAAUACGCCUGGCGCCAAUGCACGCGACGUUGCCGAGCUUGUCGCUGCCCUGGCUUUGUCUGUUGCUAGGGGAAUUCGAUCAAUCACUACCCGGCAGAUGUUCAAGCCUGUGCCCAAGGAGACCUGUAAUGGGCUGGUACUGUAUCAAAGGACAGUUGGAAUUAUUGGAAUGGGUAACAUUGGACGUACGGUAGCGGAGAUCUUUCGUGGUGGGUUUGAUGCUGAGAUUGUUGCCUACGAUGCGUAUAUGCCCGACGACGCUUGGUCGCAUAUUCCACAUGUUCGAGCAAGGAGCGCCGACGAGGUGCUUGUCAGCGCUGAUGUGCUCUCGAUUCAUGUACCCUUGACUCAAGAAACGCGAGGCAUGAUUUCCUACCGGCAGAUUCUGACUAUGAAGCCGGACGCUAUCCUGAUCAAUGCCGCUCGGGGUGGGAUUGUCAAUGAGGCUGAUCUUAUAAAAGCUUUGUCGGAGGGACGGCUAUGGGGUGCAGGCCUUGACUGCCAUGAACAAGAGCCUCCAAGUCAUGAGAAGUAUGGGGAACUAUGGAAGAACUUGAAUGUGAUUAGCACGCCACACAUCGGGGCAGCGACUUCUCGAGCGCAAUUGGCAAGCGCCAUGGCUGCAGUGGACAAUCUGUAUAGCUACUUGUCAAAUUUGUGA